CGCUAGCCAUGGAGGAGACACCGCCCCCGCUGCUGGGCAGCAACAAGCCGCACCUGGAGAAGCUGACCUUGGGGGUCACCCGCAUCCUAGCACAAUAAUGAAAAAUGAAGGAGAGAAAAGUAAAACCCAUAGAGAACUAAUGCUGAAAUCAGGAAAUAAAAUGUCAAACAGACAAAUGAGGAAAACUCUUACCAAAAAACAACUGAAGCAGAAGAAAAUGGAAUCCUAAACACAGCCCUCCAAGAUUUCCUGCACCAGGACUGUGAAACUGAUGAGAUAUAACACCUGUGAUUUGUUGUGUUAAAUGGCAAAAGGGAGAUUAUCCAGGUGGAUGGGAACACAUGGUAAAGAAUACAGCUGAGAGUGGCCCCAGCUGACAGCAAGCAAGGAAUGGAGACUUCAUUGCUACAACCACAAGGAGUUGAAUUCUGCCAGUAACAGGAAUGGAAGAUGACCUGGAGCGCCAGAUGAAAACAGAACAGCUGACACCUGAGCAGUCAGUGCACCUGGCUUAUGGAUUUCGGCCUCAGCAGAGAAUCCAGUCAUGCUGUGCCAGACUUCUGAGCUACAGAACUGUGACCUGGGUGUUUUUUAAAGCUGCUAAUUUGUGAAUCAUCCCCAGGCGUGACAGAGGUGACCAUCAUAGAAAAGGCACCUGCUGAACGUCAUAUGAUUUCUUCAUGGGAACAAGUGUAUCAUAUUGAUUUAUUUGCAGAUGUUGAACCAUCCAUUCAUCCCUGGAAUAACUUCCACAUGAAAAAUAACUGUGUGCUGCCUGAGGAUCUGAAGAACUUUUACCUGAUGACCAAUGGCUUCCACAUGACAUGGAAUGUGAAGCUGGAUGAACAUACCAUUCCAUUGGGCAGCAUGGCAAUUAACAGCAUCUCAAAACUGACUCAACUCAACCAGUCUUCCCUGUACUCACUUCCUAAUGCACCAACUCUUGCAGACCUGGAGGACGAUACACAAGAAGCUAGUGAGAACCAGCCAGAGAAGCCUCACUUUGAUUCUCGCAGUGUAAUAUUUGAGCUGGAUCCUUGCAACGGAAAUGGGAAGGUUUGCCUUGUCUACAAAAGAGGGAAACCAGCAUUAGCACAAGACACUGAGAUCUGGUUCCUGGACAGAGCAUUAUACUGGCAUUUUCUCACAGAUACCUUUACUGCCUAUUAUCGCCUGCUUAUCACCCACCUGGGCCUGCCCCAGUGGCAGUAUGCUUUCACCAGCUAUGGCAUUAGCCCACAGGCCAAGCAAUGGUUCAACAUGUAUAAACCCAUCACCUACAACACAAACCUACUCACGGAAGAGACCGACUCCUUUGUGAACAAGCUGGAUCCCAGCAAAGUGUUCAAGAACAAGAACAAGACAUUAAUCCCCAAAAAGAAAGGGUCUGUUCAGCCUGCAGGUGGCCAGAAAGGGCCUGCAGGUCCUCCUUCCACCUCUAAAUCCUCCUCUGGCUCUGGAAACCCUGUCCGAAAAUGAGCGCCCCACCUCCAGCUCCCUGCCAGCCCCACAGCGAUGAUUUCCAUGCACAGAUGCCCCAGGCGUGGCCCAAGCCUCAGAUUCUGUGUGUGGAACCAUAGUCCUCUCCCCAUCUGAGUGACAAAAUCCUAGGCCUUUUUUUACUGCCAUUGGCUUGAGCCAGGAGUUGGAAGGGCAUACUCAGGUCUCCCCAAGAAUCCUUCCCUCAUACCCUUUACAGCAGGUUGUGCCACCUACUGAUUCUGGAAGCGGUGGCGAAUGUAAGGUGUUGUGUGACUAAGUAGAUCUGUUAAGAGCUUUCUUCUCUUUCUACUCUAACCCCUCACUGCUCAGCAGUAAUUAGAGAAGUCCCCCAUAGAAACCACUGGUUUUGACCUAUGAGGCAUUAGAACUAUGCUGCUCAAUUGGUAGCCACUUAUUAAAGCAGCUAAAUUUAAGCCAUGUUAAAAAUUCAGUUCCUCAGUUAUAUUAGCCACAAUGGGCAUAUUCAUGUGGCUAGUGGAUUCUGUAUUAGCACAGAGAUGAUGAAACAUUUCUAUCAUCACAGAAAUUUCUUUUGGGCAGCACUACAUUAGAAUACUUUUGCAUUACUCUUCCUCAGAUCAGUUAAUUUUUGUUAGAAAUAUUGAUACCUUAAUUUGAUGGGUUAUAAUGUUCCAUGUAAAACUUUGAAUAUACAUUUUUAUGUUCUUUAUAUCCUUCGCCACAAACAGAUCUUGCUUUGCUCAUUUUCAGUUUCCUGUAGUUUCUCAUCUUCAUCAGUUUCCUAUAAAGCUUCUUGUUUCCAGUUUUGUGAUGUGAUAUUUGCACAUUUGCCAAAAUUAUCUUUCUCACUUUUUUAAAAAAGAAGAGAUGAUUCAACUGUACCAUUAAAACCAAAACAAAACAAAUCCUCCCAAGCAUUGCUUUGCCAGGACUCUUCAUGCAGAGUUUUGAUGAAACCAGUCACUGUUGACAAGAGCCUCCACCUGCUUUGCCUACUCACAACUGCUCAAUGGUUCAUGGGGUAGCAGAAAAGGAUAGAGAGGAACCAAGUUGUCAAGCAUAAUAGCUGACGUUUAGUCUUCUAGAAGCAUUUUUCUGCCAAAACUCAUCAAAGGGAGAAUCAGCAGUGCCAGAUAAGAGAUUCCAGCAUUUGGGUGCUUCCCCAAGUCAGGGUUAGAAGGGGAUUGAGAAGUUGUGUCAUCUUCCACUGUGGCAGGUGUCCUUCCUCUAGAGAUCAUGGAGCUCCUGAAUUAUUUCUUAAGUCCUGGUCCAGCUCUGGAUUUCAUAAAUGAAGCAGCAGAGGAGCCACGAAACAAUGGUGGCCUUCAAAUCCAUGACAAUCAGGUGGAAUCCCCAAAGGGCUGUAGACAGAAGGGAGUUCCAACAAGGAAAGGUUUGAGACCUGCCUCAGGAGGAGCAGAGCACUCAAGAGCCGGAAUGGCUACCCAAUAUGUAGGACCCAGUGCAGAAUGAAAAUGUGGGGCCUUUUGUCCAAAACUCAGGUAAACAGUACCAUUAAAAGUACUAAUACGGAGUAGCAAUUCUCAUAUUAGACAAAAUAGACUUUAAAAUAAAGACUAUUACAAGAGACAAGGCCACUACAUAAUGA